UAGGUUUUUGACAGAAUUCACCCAGAUCUUAGAGGAAGUAUCUGUGUGGCUGCUUUUUUGAGGCACUUUUUACAUGGACAAACCCUAGUAGGAUCAGGAUUAAUGAAGACUGUCAGUGGGGACGUAAAGGUCGAGAUAUCGUAACUACUGAAAUUAGAAAUUUAGGGAAGCCAGAAGUUUGAACACAGAGGUUCAAAUCAAAUCCAGCUCAAGGCCUUGAAACGUCUCACGGGCCUUAAAUCUAUUUGGACAAAAGAGAGAUAAGAAGUGUUCAAAAGAAAUUUGACUUUCAUGCUUUUUUUUUUUUCCUUUUCCCUGAGGUCACAUCCAACUUUUAGCAACCUCAUUAAUUAACAGGACACCUUAGGUUCUGCAUCAAAGCUUCAGCAGUGAAGGGUUUUAAAGCCUCUUGUCCAUUUGGCGUCUGGGUAGCUGUGACAGGUUACGUCUGGCUCUCAAACACGCUCCGCUGUGCAGCUGGAAGGUCGAGAGUUUGUGUUGCACAUACCUGCAACUGAGAGGACUGACAGUGUGUGUGGUCCGAGGGACUCAGCUGGUCUGGGAAACUGAGGCAGAAAGGCGGCCAAGUGCCUUUUGCCAGUAAAAAAAAACAAAAAACAAAAAGAGAGAGGAAAAGUUCAUCUUGCUUCUCAAAGACAGCGAGCGGAGUCGGGGGAUGAUGAUGAAGAUGAGACAGACGCUGUGCAGGAUCUCUUGCUUGGUGACUCUGGUGGUGGAGCUCAGCUGGAUAAACGUGGGCCACAGCAUGCACAGGGAGGGAGGAAGCCGGCAGGUCAUGAAGCAGUGGGAAAGGAAGGUGCGAUCGUCCUCCAGCCUGGACGAGCUGCUGAGACUCGCUGACUUUCCUGACUGGAAGUUGUGGAAAUGUCGCCUGAGGCUGCAGCAGCCUGAGACCCAGACAGAGACCCUCUCCUCUCCACCCUCAGUGGGCUCCCACCGCUCAACCCGCUAUGCUGCCGAGUCCUACAGCCUGGAGAUACUUAAAGCCAUAGAUGAGGAGUGGCAGCGGACUCAGUGCAUGCCCAGGGAGACGUGCGUCGAUGUGGCCAAGGAGCUGGGCACCGACCCCUCCAUGUUCUUCAAGCCACCCUGUGUGUCGGUCCACAGGUGCAGUGGCUGCUGCAACCAGGAGGGCGUCACCUGCAGGAACACCACAACUGUAUAUGUCAAUAAAACCGUCCUCAGUGUGAUUCCAUUCAAGUUUGUACCAGAACCUGUGCUGAUAAAAGUCGCAAACCACACGGAGUGCAAGUGCAUGGAGCCCGCAAUAAUACGACGUAAUGCUCAACCUCACAGGAGCAGCGGCUGCUCUCUGAUGGGCCAGCUGUCGGAGGUCGAGGACUCCAGGAGACUUUGUGCCAGUGGGUGGAUUUGGGAUUGUUCAAGUGACAGAUGCAUACCUUACCCUUCGAGUUUUCCAGAGCUCCCACUCAGUUCAUGGAUGCCGGACUGUGAGAUCGAUGUGGAGCGCUGUGACUGCCUUCCUCGACCUGAACCAACUCUCCAGCAAAGACAGAUCCAUCGCUGUCAACUCAACUCCUCCAUCUGCGCCCACAAACAUCAGCAUUUUGACCAAGCCUCGUGCACGUGCAGGUGGCCCAAGUAGAAGUCCGCUGGGGGAGUAAACUACGACAACCUGCUCGCCAAGGAUGUUUGGAGGCAGAGAAAAAAGGCUCAUAAUUUAUUUACAGUCCUAUUUAUGCUGAUCACUUUAACUAAUUAUGAUGAUAUUAACUCACACGACCAUGUUAAUUGAUUUUUUUUAACAUGCUUACUUAUGUCUCAAUCAAUGUGUCAAGUUCAUGAUUUGUACAUUUGUUCUUUGUGCACUGAAUUUGUAGUUUAUAUUAAAAGAUUAUUUUUAUAAUUUGAACUUGCAACGAAUGUAUGGAUUAUUGGUUCACCUCUGAUGGUUGUUUCACUGUUUGUCAAUUUCCAUGCACUAAUUUCCUUUGUUAUUAAAAUAACUGACCACAGAA